UUCACAACAAACUGUCUAUUUCAUAUUAAUAGUCUAUGGAUUCAGAAUAGCAGAAGAUGUAAACAAGUUGAAUUUCUACUAUUUACCUCAAGGGGCAUUUCGAGACUUUUUUUUUUUUUUUUUUGUGCCAUUUUGAUGAAUAAUGUCUUUGUUUCCAGCGUACGCUGUAUCGGACAAUGGUGAUCGUAAAGAUGAUUCAUUACAAUCAAGCAGUAACGACUGUGCGACCACACACAACGACCUCAGCACAGCAGCUGAAGAUUCGUGGCUGCAGAAUGCCAGCUUCGCCGUGGAAGUGUCACAGAUCCCCCUGCCCGCCGUGGUCGCCCCCGAGCGGGGAGGCCCAGACGUCCGGGCCGAAGCUCAGCGCAGUGGCAAAGUCCCCAAGAAGCGUAGAGACAAAGACAGGAGUAAGAGGAAGGGGACAGAGGCGAGCGACACCGGCCAGGUGUUCUGGGAGGACCGCAAGCGAGAGAGGGCAAACCUCUCGGUGCCAACGCUGUUCCGGCCAGCAGUGCCCUUGUUUGAGCGGGUGGUCCGGAGGGUGUUGGGGCGGGUCCCCGGGAAGCGGCCGCCCGGGAAGGUGCGUCGCAGGGACCGCUACCACGUGCGAGCGCAGCGACUCGGCAAGGACAGCUCGCGGCCCCAGGAGGAGGCGGACAACUCGAGCAGGACCGCGGAGUUCAACAGGGCCGUAGCUGACGACCCGCAGGACGUGUCCUCGUGGCUGGCCUACGCUCGCUUCCAGGAGGAGGCCUGCCGGGGCGGGGCCCGGGUGACUGCGGAGCGGCAGUUGGCCAUCCUGGACCGGGCGCUGGUCCUCAACCCCGGCAGUGCGGCCCUGCUGCGGGAGAGGGUGCAGGUGGCGGACCAGGUGCUGCCUGCAGACACGCUGCAGCAGCAGUUGGCAGCCCUGCUCGACAAGCAGCCCACCAACCUGGCGGCGUGGCAGGCGUAUGUGGAGUGCAGCCAGGGCACGCUCGCCUCGUGCUCUGCGUCGCGCGUGCUGGCGCUCUACGGCGAGGCCAUGGAGAAGCUGCACCAGAGCCGGCGCGGAGUCCCGGCCGCUCAGGCGCGCGACAUCCAGGGCAACAUCGUGGACCUGCUGCUGCGCUGCUGCGUGUUCCUGCGACAGAGCGGGCUCCAGGAGAAGCUGUGGGCGCUGCUGUCCAUGUGCCUGGAGCUGAACCUGGGCAUGCGCGGCCUGCCCCGCCCCGCGCCCCCGGAGGAGCAGCUUUUGGCCGCGGAGGACGCGGUGCUGGGCUCGGGACUGCCGCUGCCCGCGCUGUGGGUGCGUCUGGAGCGACUGCGCGAGGGCGCACACUGGCUGUCCUGCGAGGGGGACGGCGUGGACCCCCAGCGCCUGGUGUUCCCCGACGACGUCUCGGACCUGGUGCACCCCGUCAGCGGCUCCGGCCUGCGCCUGGUCGCCGCCACGCUGCUCUGCCUCAAGGUGCCGCUGCUCCCGGGGCGACACACGGCGCUGCGCAGCCUGGGGCCGGCGGGCGUGCCCUGGUGGCUGGACUGCCCCGAGCCCCUGCUGGCCGCGCUGGAGCCGCUCGGCCCCGCGGGGCCCGGCGACAGGGACCUGCCCCAGGAUGUGGCGGGCCUGGUCGGCGGCCCGCAGUACCUGUGCCCCGCCCCGGGCCAGGAGGAGUACCUGGGCUUCGUGGUGCACACCUUCCACGCGUGCGCCGAGGCCCUGGAGGAGCCCGCGCGCUCGGCCGUGCACGUGUGGUGGCUGCGCUUCGAGCGCCUGCUCGUGGCGCUGGACGGGCGGGGCGGGAUCGCGCUGCCCCCCCAGCGCCGCAGGAGGCUCAGGGCCGCUGUCAAGGACUUCCUCAAGCAGGAGGGCAACCGCAACAACCUGCUGUACUACCGCGAGUACGCGCUCAUCCAGCACGAGCUGGGCCACCACGAGUCCGCGCUGCAGGUCCUGCGCACGGCCAUCGGCGCGCGCGGGGGCCUGCCCGUCGCGGGCGUGCCGUGUCGGCGCGAGAGGGCCGGCCUGUGCCUGCUGCACCGCACGCUGUGCGAGCUGGCGCUGCGCCGCGGCCUGGGGGCUGGGGCGGACUGUGAGGCCGGCCGGCGGGCUGCUGUCCAGCAUACUAAUGUUUGGUGGAGUAAUCAUUACGAAGCAGCCUCCUUGAAGACGAGACCACGGACGCAGGGAGCCGAGCUGUCUGGACAGGUGCUGGUGGCGCUGGCGCUGGGCGCGGAGGGGGGCGAGGGAGGGGAGGGCGACGCGGACCGGGCCGAGGACCGCAUGCGCCACGUCUCGACGGAGCUGCUGCUGGAGCCCGAGGAGGAGGAGGGGGGAGAGUCAGGGGACGGCACGGAGCACCUGCUGCCAGACCUGCGCUGCGAGUGGCUGCGCUGCCACGCCUGGCUGCUGCUGCUGCUGCGGGGCGUCGCGCCAGCCCUCGCCGCGCUGCAGGACGCCACGGCGCGCCAGCCGCCCGGCUCGUGGCGUGCGGAGGCGCUGUGCGAGGCCCGUGUUGCGCUGCUGCUGUACGACUGUGCCGUGUCGGGCCGUGCCUACUGCCGCCUGUGGCCGGAGCUGUCCGGCGCGGUGUCCCAGUUCCCGGACAACCUGCGCCUCCUGGCCGCGCUGGCUGCCGCGGAGGGCAGCAGCGGGGGCGGGCGGGUGGGCAGCCCCUGGUGGCGGCUGGCUCGCAGCCUGUCGCAGCGGGACGCCGUCCUGCCGCAGCUGUUCCACCUGCUGCUGGCCGGCCGCAAGCAGGCCCGCGUCGAGGCGGCCGCGCUCGAGGCCAGGAGGCUGCUGCGCCAAGCCGGACCGGAGCUGCCGGAUCGCAGUGCUGACAACCGCCUGGCCGCGCUGUUCUCCCGCCUGCAGCGCCACCGCGCGGCGCGUGGCUGCCCACUGCUGUGGCGGCUGUUCCUGCGCUUCGUGGCGCGGCGCGGCGAGCCCGAGGCGUGUCGCAACGCCUUCUACCAGGCCGUGGAGCGCUGCCCGUGGGUCAAGGCCCUGUACGUGGAGGGGUUGGCGCUCCUGCCCGCCGAGCUGGGCCAGGUUCAGGACCUGCUGGUGGAGAAGGAGCUGCGACUGCACAUCCUGCCCGAGGAGGUGGACAUCCUGCGCAAGGACUCCGUCACCACGUAGCGCUGCCUCGGUCCUGGACAAUAAACCACUGCAGUGUCGA